CAGGGGUUGCUCACUGGAGGAACCCCCCCUUUAAAAAUAGCACUCUGGUUUGGGGGUGCUCUUUUAAGGAAAGAUUGCCUAUGCCCUGUUUUUAAUUCAAAAUAGGGUCUUUCCCCCCCUGAUCCUGAUAACCUCUUUUGUGGCAUUUAAUUGAUAGCACGAGAAAGUACGGAGUGUUAAAAAUGGAAAUAAGUUUCCCCCUCCACUGGUUUCCUACUGAUCGGAUAUUGAUACUAAGAGGUGAGAUCUCUUUUUUCUGGAGGCUCGAGCUCCCUCUCCAGGGUUUUGAUUUCUUUUAAGUAGGAAGGCAAUCGUUACAGACAGCAUCCCUUUAUUCUCCUUCGAAUAAAUUUUUCUGCUAGAAAACUCCACAGGCAAGUCCUCUCUUUGGACCAGACGAGAAGUUGGAGGCAGCCUCGUCGAUUAAAUCGAAUAUACCUGCAGAGUGUUAAAGCCUAAGAACCUCAGCAGCCCAAAAAAAGUGACAUCGCUGCUGCCAGAGACUGAAUCUGAAACGUGCCUAACAUGCACGUACUUCUAGGGCUCUGAAAUUUGCUCGGAGGAUCAGCUAAGGGUUUAAGAUUUCAGAAAAAAUUGGCAUCCUAUCCACUGGUCAAAUAAGGUCAAGAGUUCAAAAUUACAAUGACAGAGCAAGAGCAAGAAUGGGAAAACUUAAACAAGUUAUUAAGACAACAUGGCUUAAGACCUGUGUGCCUUGAUACGCCUGGAACCUGCGGAAAUGUGCCAGAUGCAGAGAAAAUUGUUAUGGACAAACAGUCUUCCGAAGCAAUACAGCAUGCACUGAAAACAUUACUGGAAGAGACAGAGCGUCAACGGAAAAUUAUUCGUGACUUGAUAGAAGACAAUCACCAGCUUAGAGAUGAAUUACGUUUGGAGAGAGGCCGGGCUUCCCGACAGGAACAACGAGCGAAUGAUUUGGACGUUAUUGUGGAAAAUGUCAAACAUAAAAUACGUCAACUAGAAGAUGAGUCAAUAGCCAAUGCUUCUCAGCAACAUAACCAAAUCAGAGAUCUUCAAAAAGAUCAUGAAAUUUCACAGGCAGUGUACCGGCACCAAGCGAAGCAGUUGGAGGAGCAAGAAGGGACGAUUGACCAUUUAGAAAAGGAGCUUUCCAAGUUGGGUCUGGAAGAGCAGCAGCGUAUCGCCACUCAGAAAAAAGUGUUCCGUCAGUUUUGUAAGCAGGCUCCAAGAACUCACGUAGAUCAGCAGAUUUGUUGUCUAAUUGAUUAUUAUGAAUCUCAGAUCAGCCAUGUGAGAAAAGAACUAAGGAAGUAUAAGAAAGAGAUCAAUCAUUUACAGGACGAAGGAAAAAAUGAGGAGGAAUUCUUGAAAAAUAUAGAUGCUACUGCUAAUUACAAAGCUCUACUUAUGUCUUUCCAGACACAGAUAAUUGAAACAAAAGCUCGAAAUGAACAACUUGUACAUGAAAAUAUUAAUCUCAAGAAAGAGAUGGAAAUUAGGCCAACUGUGCAAGAAUUAAAAUUUUAUAAACACCAAGUGAAGAAGCUGGAGAAAAUAUUGAAGAACAUCAAAUCACUCGAGAGCAGCGAAGAAGAAAAUAUGAAAGAAAACAAAGAACUUACAAAAGAUUUGGGAGGAAGCCAGCUGCAGGAAGUUUGCAGAAGAUAUUUACAGGUAUUGUCCAGCAUUGACUCGAUCAUCAGAAGCCCAAGAAGAGCUCCUCUAAUAACACUUAUGCAAAAAAAGGACCUUGGGAAAAGCUGGGCUGAGGAGGAACGUGGAUUUGAGCAUCUCCCUGCUGUGAUUGAAACCUGGGCUGACCAGCUAAUGGCCCUGAAGAUCUUGCACUACUCCCUGAAAAAGCUAUUGCUGCGGUUAGUUCCUAGGCAUUCCAAAGCUAUGCAGGACACUAAUGAAUAUAUUAGAGUUGAGGAUCUUCAGCAAAUAGUGGAGGAAAUCUCUGAAGAAGUAGGCAAUGAAGAAAAGAAAAGUCUGAUUCCUUCACAACAAACCCUGUAUGCCAUUGUCUGUCAUUUUCAAAAACUAUUUGAUGUGAAGACUCUAAGUGGCGUUUACCCUCGAAUGAACGAGGUAUAUACAAAACUUGGUGAAAUGAUCAACGCUAUGAGGAACCUCUGUGACCUCUUAGAACUAGAUUGCUCAGCACCACCUAGUGUCCUGGUGAACACUGUUGGAAAGCUAUGCAAUUUGUUUAAUGAGAAUGUGGCCUGGCAGGUGGAACAACUGCUGGGUACACAAGACAUCGAAAGCAUUAUCUUUAAAUUAGAAGAACAUGAUGACUUUUUCCCAGCAUUUCAUGCUCUUAUUAACAACUUGCUUCGUGUUCUAGAAGUCAGAAGUCUCACAGAAAUAUUACCUGCUGUACAGAAGCUGAAAUGGAUGGUCCAAUAAUGUAAACUAAAUGUAAAUCUUUUAACAUAUUGACUACCUCUUAUGUAUUUUUGAAUAUUUUUUUAUUAAAAAUGUCUGAAUGGAAU